AUGGUGGACAAUUCCAGUGGUAGCAAGGCGCAAAUGCCCAGUUUAUCUCAGGACAGUAGUUUGGUUGGAGCAUUCUCUCAGCCUGCAGGAGGGGGUUCAGCUGGUGUUAAGCUUGAGGCUGUGAUGGAGCAGCUUCAGAGACAGCAACGCGCCAAACUGGAGAUGGAGCGUAAGGAGAGACAUCUUCGGGAAGCCCACAUUCUCUAUGCCCAACAAGUAGCUGCUCAGCAAGCCAUUAUGGCAUCAGCAAGAGCCCAGGGUGCUCAGUUAGGUCCAGAAUUUAUUGGGAAGAGCUCCAGAGAGAAGGCCUUGAAAAGUGGACAGGGGCUUCAGACUAGCAGAGUGUCCACUCAAAGAAGUGUGGAUUCUGUGCAGGGUGAGGAUGAGGAGGAAGAGAUGGACAAAGGAAGAGGUUCUGAGGGAGAAGAUGACGAGGAGGACGAGAUGAUGGAUGGUGAAGAAGGGAGUGAGGAAGAUGAAGGAGAAGGGCUGGAGUUUCUCAGAAAGCAAAGCCUUGCUCUCCAGCAAGGAGCUGUGGGUGUUCCACCGUAUCCAUUCCCUGUCUAUGCUGCUUCUCCUUCAGCAACGAAAAAACGAGCUCGUUCACCAACACCAAAGGUGAAGGAGGAACCAGACGAUAAGAGUCCAUCUCCCACUGAACAGCACUCAUUUCCAACACCGAAUGGAUUGGCCGACUGGAGUUUUGAGGAAUCUUUUAGACAAAAUGGAAAUGUCAGCUGGAAUGAGGAAGGUGAUGGAGGCCGCGGCAGGGGAGAGGCGUCGCGAGAUUUUGCUAAGCUAUAUGAACUGGACAAUGACCCAAACCGAAAAGAGUUCCUGGACGACCUCUUCACAUUCAUGCAGAAGAGAGGCACUCCAGUCAAUCGCAUCCCCAUCAUGGCCAAACAGGUGCUGGACCUCUACAUGCUCUACAAGCUGGUGACGGAGAAGGGCGGUUUGGUGGAGGUCAUUAAUAAGAAGAUCUGGAGAGAGAUCACCAAAGGCUUAAACCUGCCCACCUCUAUCACCAGUGCUGCCUUCACCCUCCGCACGCAGUAUAUGAAGUACCUGUACCCGUAUGAGUGUGAGAAGAAAGGUUUGAGUUCACCUGGGGAGCUUCAGGCUGCCAUUGACAGUAACCGUAGAGAGGGACGUCGCCCAGGUUACAGCAACAGCCUGUACCGUUUCUCCCCCUCCUCCAGCCCCGCUCCCCACAUCCUGUCCCCGCCCAAGAUGCACCUUUCAGCCACCGGACACAACGGCCUGCAGGGCACCCCUAGCCCCGCCCUGAAAAAAGGCACAGUGCCAGAGGAGAGCUCCCCGUCCAUGCUGCCAGCCAGACUGCCCCUCGCACUUGCCCUGGGGCAUCAGCAGCAGCUGGCACGAGCUGCCACCCUGGAGCAGCUGCGUGAGAGGCUGGAAACGGGCACAGUGGGACUGGCGGCAGCGGCGGUGGCGAUGGAGGGUCCAGAGAGAAAGAUGGCACGACUGGCAGAGGAGCAACAGAGACUCCUACAGCAGGCAUUCCAGCAAAAUCUACUCGCUAUGGCAACACAAGUCAACCCAACCAACCUCCGACUCAACAGCACCCGCGAAGACAAACAGGACCUGUCCCUCAGCAUCACCUCAAAUGGCUCUGCCAGCAUCACUGUGUCUGUGGAGGUCAACGGAAUCAUCUACUCAGGAGCCCUGUAUGCCCAAAAGCCUCCAGCCUCAGUCCAUACUUCUGCUACACUAACCCCUGUUGGCCAAAGUGGAGGAUUCGGGCUGCAGUCAUCCACCCACAGCCCUGGUCUUCACUCCUCCACCACCUCCUCCUCAAAGAGUUCUGUGGAACCCCUCACCGGCAGCUCCCCAUAG